UUUUUGUUUAUUGACUUGACAUUUUACAAGAAACUGUUGCAGACGCAGCGGCAAAUCAGUAGUGUGACAUUAGAGUUCAUAUAGGCCGCUUGUGCAUAGUGUGUGAGCUAGUGUUAAUUUGCACGUUGGGCUAAAGCUAAUCACAUGUGAAGAUGCAAACGAGUCGAUGAAAAGUGACAAUGUUGUGUGUUGAGAGGUCAAUGAAGCGUCUCGACACCGUUGUGAAAGAGCGAGAAGAUUCUCUCCGCUUACUGCAGACAGGACAAGAGAAAUCCAGACCAGGUGCAUGGCGAAGAAAUGUCUUUGGCAAAACAAUCUGGCACAGCUAUAGGGAAUACCCCAUCCCCUGGUAUCUGAAUACGAGAUACAAAAGGAAGCGUUUCUAUGAACCAUCACAUGUUGCCCCUUACACAAGGUUGAGUCUUGAAAAAUAUCUGAAGAGUAAAAUACAGAAAGAAAAGAGAAACUAAAAAAAGACUGCUCUAGCAUGAGACUGCUGAAAAAACAAAGCUUUUCACAUUCAAUACUGUCUCUCCAAAAUCUAACACUUUUUCAUUUGUCCAGUGGUUUUGGAGGCAUUUUAUUGUACAGUAAUACAAAUAAACCUAUCAGUGAGACUAUUGUGUUGUACAUUUUACUUGGUUGUGUUUCAUUUACAACUUGCUCUAAAUAAAGAUAAGGAUUAGAAAUUAUUUUCCGCUCCUUUGAAUGGGGCACAAAACUUAGUUGUUGUUUUUUACAAUUAUAUUUAGUCUAAUAGACCAAUUAAAGAUUUCAAUACAAGCAAAAAGAGAUAGCAUUAAUUUAGACCACUUUAGCAAAAAACAAUUUUAUUCCCAAAAGAGCUGAUCAAUUGGUAAAAGCAUAGCAAACAUUUUGUUUCCCAUGGUGGAUUUUUUUUAGGAAGUGGUAUACUGUGGUGUCAAUGUUUGGUGUGGUCUUAAGCACUGAUACAGUUUUAUGUGUUGUAACUAUUUCCAUAUAACAAAAGACAUUACAAUUUGUGACUGUUAUUUAAUAUUAUUCAGUUUGUCAAGGUUUUUGUUGCCAAUUGUAUAUGAAAAUAUUGUCU